CCCAUUACUACACGACUCUUCACGAAUUGAUAGACAGAGGUGCCAGGCUUGACCGCUCCUCCUAUAUCCCCUUCCCAUCUUGAAUCACAUCGAUUUCGAUCUUGGUUCACCAACUCACUCAACAUGCAGUCCUCCGACGACAUGAUGGAGUCGACUCCCUCGCCCAUUGCCACCGGCGCAGCUACUCCGACACCGUCCUCAAGCUCUGCCGCACGUCGUCCCCCCCGCAAAAGCACCCUCACCCAGCAGCAGAAGAACCAGAAGCGCCAGAGGGCCACCCAGGACCAACUAGUCACCCUAGAGGUCGAAUUCAACAAGAACCCCACUCCCACCGCCGUUACCCGCGAGAGGAUCGCGUCCGAGAUCAACAUGACCGAGCGCUCAGUACAAAUCUGGUUCCAGAACAGGCGAGCCAAGAUAAAGAACAUUGCUAAGAAGAGCAUUGAGAACGGCGACGAUUGCAAUGACAUCCCAGAGUCCAUGCGACGAUACCUUGCGCUCCAGGCCAUGGAGUCUGGCAAGUCGAUAGGAAGCAGCUUCCUCGGCCGUGCAGGUGGCAUCCCAUAUGGCAGCGGCAUGCUCCUCAACACUGACACCAGCUCCUCGAAAGUCGUAAUCACACACUUUUCCGUCCGCUCCUUGAGCGUCGGUAGCUGGAGAAGGGUUGGCCAGUCUGCUAUGGACCUGGUCAUCUUCUACUCGCCGGAGAAGUGCUGUAUCACCUACUACAUCAACAACGACUCAGCUGGUUACAAGAUUGAGUAUCCCUUCUCAUACAUCAAGAACAUCAGCCUUGACAACGGAGACAUGGCCACAAAUGCUGAGGGCGCUUCGCAAAGACCAGGAGGUCUCGUUGUGGAACUCAACCGUCCCCCGAACUUUUUCAUGGACUCAUCUGGCUCAGGUGGCUUCUUCCAAUGUGGCGAUUUCACCGAAGAUCAGCAAGCAUCUCAGGUUAUGGUUCACCACCUUGGUGGCCACCCUAAGGUGCUGAGCGGUCAGUUGGCGAAACUUGUCUCACUGGAGGCGUUUCAGAACCGCCAUAACAUGUACGACCCCCAUGCCAUUGCGGUCUCGGCGCCCGUCUCCCCAAUCAACUUCCGCCCUGCCUCGCAACCCAACCAUCUGGUCCAUCCCCACAGUGGCAUGUUUCAUGACUCCCACCUCACGCCAGGUCCUUUCCCUCCGCGAGGACACAAGCGCCAGCGUUCUCGCUCCGUGCCUGUGGCGGUUGAUUUCUCGAUGCUGCGUAACCCUAUGCCGUCUUUCAUGAUCCAGCCCGAGCCAUCAGCAUACAUCCCGAACCCGGAGAUUUUUGCUCCCGUUCCUCACUCCUCCUCCGGCCCUAUUGGCCCCCACCUCAGCAUUGACACAUCCGCUGGUUACGGCAUGGGUGAUUACCGCCAAUACCCCAUGUCGGCCACAACAGCAAACUCACCGUCUGAAUACGGCACACCGUCAUUCUACUCAUCUGGGCCUCAGAACGAUAACAUCCCUGCUUCGAAUUUUGGUCAGCAGUACAACAUCCCGCCGUAUGUGCACACACCCAUGGGGCCGCCACCGCAUUCAUCAGCAUUGGCAUCGCCAAUGCCACAACUGAGCCACCAUGACCCCAUCAUUGCCAACCAGUCACCGCCACUCAACUCCUUUGGCCGCGAUGGCUCUGCAGAUGUAUACCCCAUGCCUCAUGACCAGGGCAUGUCAGAUGAGACGCUUCACAUGACAGACAUGUACGCGAAGCAGAACCUGAACCUUCCCUUCCGUUCGCCACUUAUGGAAGAGAACGUCGAUGACCUUGACAUGCAAAAUCUGGUCUCUUUCGGUACACUCGACCAUUCGGGUCUCUCGCCUGAACACCAUCAUCAGAUGUAAUCACAAGGUGAUGUUGUGUUUCGGGUCGCUGUCAUUUCGCUCGCGUUAAUACCCUGUCAUUGUUCCGUUGGC